CGGAAGUUCGUCCUUUGAACUUCGCUCAAUGGAGUUUAGUUUUGAGUUAAGCAAUGUGUGAUUUUGUGCACCGUUAAGUUAUAAAAUACAUUUGUUAUAGCUAUCCAUUAUGGCUGCAAAGCGUAAAGCGGAUAUAUCAGUCCCUGCAGAGGAAAGUGACCAAUUACUUAUCAGACCUCUUGGAGCCGGACAGGAGGUGGGAAGGUCAUGCAUCAUCUUGGAAUUCAAGGGACGGAAAAUAAUGCUGGACUGUGGCAUCCACCCGGGUCUGGAGGGCAUGGAUGCUCUUCCCUACAUAGACUUGAUCGAUCCAGCCGAGAUCGAUCUGCUUCUAAUCAGCCAUUUCCAUUUGGAUCAUUGUGGUGCUCUACCUUGGUUUCUUCAGAAGACAAGCUUCAAAGGAAGAACCUUUAUGACACAUGCUACCAAAGCUAUCUAUCGUUGGCUGUUAUCAGAUUAUGUCAAAGUCAGUAACAUUUCAGCAGAUGACAUGCUCUACACCGAGACCGAUCUGGAGGAAAGCAUGGACAAGAUCGAGACCAUCAACUUCCACGAGGUGAAGGAGGUGGCCGGCAUCAAGUUCUGGUGUUACCACGCCGGUCAUGUGCUGGGGGCCGCCAUGUUCAUGAUCGAGAUCGCCGGAGUGAAACUGCUCUACACUGGGGACUUCUCCCGCCAGGAGGACAGGCACUUGAUGGCAGCCGAGAUCCCCAGUGUCAAACCUGACAUCCUCAUCAUUGAGUCUACAUACGGCACACACAUCCACGAGAAGAGAGAGGAGAGGGAGGCUCGCUUCUGCAACACGGUGCACGACAUAGUGAACCGGGAAGGCCGCUGCCUGAUCCCUGUGUUCGCCUUGGGGAGAGCCCAGGAGCUGCUGCUCAUUCUGGACGAGUACUGGCAGAACCACCCCGAGCUCCACGACAUUCCCAUCUACUACGCCUCCUCCCUGGCGAAGAAGUGCAUGGCGGUGUACCAGACCUACGUCAACGCCAUGAACGACAAAAUCCGCAAGGCCAUCAACAUCAACAACCCCUUCGUCUUCAAGCACAUCAGCAACCUCAAGAGCAUGGACCACUUCGACGACAUCGGCCCCAGCGUGGUGAUGGCGUCCCCGGGGAUGAUGCAGAGCGGCCUGUCCCGGGAGCUCUUUGAGAGCUGGUGCACCGAUAAGAGGAACGGCGUCAUCAUUGCCGGGUACUGCGUGGAGGGGACCCUCGCCAAGCACAUCAUGUCCGAGCCGGAGGAGAUCACCACCAUGUCGGGCCAGAAGCUGCAGCUGAAGAUGUCCGUGGACUACAUCUCCUUCUCAGCCCACACGGACUACCAGCAGACCAGCGAGUUCAUCCGCGCGCUCAAGCCGCCGCACGUGAUCCUGGUGCACGGGGAGCAGAACGAGAUGGCCCGCCUGAAGGCGGCGCUGAUCCGGGAGUACGAGGACAACGACGAGGUGCACAUCGAGGUGCACAACCCCCGCAACACGGAGGCCGUCACCCUCAACUUCAGAGGGGAGAAGCUGGCCAAGGUGAUGGGCUCCCUGGCCGAUAAGAAGUGCGCGCAGGGCCAGAGAGUGUCCGGCAUUCUGGUGAAGCGGAACUUCAGCUACCACAUCCUCACCCCCUCCGAUCUGUCCAAUUACACAGACCUGGCCAUGAGCACCGUCAAGCAGACCCAGGCCAUCCCCUUCACCGGCCCCUUCUCCCUGCUGGUCAACCAGCUGCGCAGUCUGGCUGGAGACGUGGAGGAGUUGGAAAAUACGGACAAGACCACCCUGAAGAUCUUCAAGAACAUCACACUGGUUCAUGAAGUGGGGAUGGUCAUGCUGGAGUGGAUCGCCAACCCUCUAAACGACAUGUAUGCUGACGCUGUCACCACUGUGGUCCUGGAAGUCCAGUCCAACCCAAAAGCCCAGAAAGUCAUGAGCUCCAGUGAAGAGGCGAUGGACAUGGAUGUUUACCGGAAGAGGCUAGAACUUAUGCUGCAGGACAUGUUUGGAGAAGACUGCGUGGAUUUCAAAGAUGAGAAGAACAUUUCAGUGACGGUGGACGGGAAGACUGCCUACAUCUGCCUGGAAACUCGGAACGUGGACUACGAGGAGGGCAGCGCUGACGACGAGUCUCUGAAGGAGAUGGUGGAGCUGGCCGUCCAGCGGCUCUAUGACGCCCUCAACCCUACACUCUGAGGAACUACAUGUCCCAGAGUACCUAGCUCCUGACCCCCAAUGGCACCGCCCCCCAGCCAUGUGAAGUGCAGGUUAGACAGAGCUGCACAGGAAAGGAGGCAGUGUCAACAUUUACCCUAGUCAGUGGCUCUUUCUGAUGUUGAAAGUCCACAAAGAAGUUAAUUUUGUAUUGCAAUUUUUUUUUUCUACUAGAACCUGCUCAAUAGUCUUUUCAAAUGCAAUGAAUUGAAAUUGUCCUUUGCUAUCUGUCUGAUGUAAGUAAACAAUAAUUCCGGAGCUGGAAAUGAAUGUUCUGGAACAUUCUCAUGUUGUGAAGGGGUGUGGAGUGUGAAGUGAUCAAGGAGAAGUUUGCUUUUGUACGGUAUUUGUGUAAAUUUUGACAUUGUAUUUCAAGUAUGUGAAUGUAAUAAAUGAGCAUUCAUAAAGUCUUAAGUA